AUGACGAUACAAAAAUAUUCUUACGAUGGCUUUUUGAAUUUGCAUAAUGAACUGCUAAACUCAAAUAUGAGUAUAACCCAAGAAAUAAAAGCAAAUAACAUGUUAGAUGCUAUUGAGCAUCUUGAUGAAUAUCGUAUUCACAAUGAUAAUAUAUACGAGGUGUUUACAAACUCGUGUUCAUCUUUUGUAGAAAAAAUAUAUACAGAAAAUUUUUUAGGAAUAAAUAAGUCAUUGAUGUUACUUAAUGAACUAUUAAUAAAAGAAGUAAAAUAUUUAUUAUUACAUAAAAAUGAAUUAAUAUCAGAAAAAAAUCAAAUAGAUGAGGAAAAUUUUAAAAGAGACUUAGUUGAUAAGUUAUAUGAUGAAUUUUUACAACACGAAAAAUCUGAAAAAGAUCAAAAUAUAUUACUUUAUUUUAAUAAAAUUAACAUGGCAUAUAAAUUAAGGACAUUUCUAGAUUUAUAUUCUGCUUACACACCAGAAGCUCACGAAAUAAUAUUGAGUUUAAUACAAAUAGAUGCAUCUAAAAUCACUAUAAAUUAUAUUGCAAUUUUAAACAAUUUCGAAAAUAUAUUAAAAUCAAGCGAUCCAUAUAUAUUAUUAAAGGACUAUUUUACUGGAGAUGAAAGUAUUAUAAAUAUGUCCUUAAGAACAUAUUGGACCUGUCUAAAAAAUUUAUAUUUAUAUUUUAUAUCAUAUAAUUCUCACAUUUUACAAAUAUUAGGAGACGAUUUUAAAAAUCGAAUUUUUAAAUAUUUAGAUAAUGUUAUAUGUAAGAAAGAAAGAAGAAUUAUAAAUAAUGAUGAAUCAAAUUAUUUUCUUAAUAUAUAUAAUUUUUUUGAUGCAUUUUCAUCUCUUAUUAUAUCAAAAGUUUAUAAUUCUAAAGUUAUUAUUUUAAAUGAAAAUGGCAUUCUUAUAUCUAUACUUAUGAAUACCUUGCCAGAUAGAUUAAUUCAAUUAGUAUCAAAUAAAUAUUAUUCUGGUACUUUAAUUCCUCAUAGAUUAUUUUUAGAUUUUACUUACCUUUCAGUUCAUAAUAAAUUCUCUAUUUUAAAUUCGUUGAAAAAUUUUGGAAUAACAUCUAUAACCAAUGUCCUAUACAAUCCUUCAGAAAUCACGAUAACUUCUGUAACUUCAAAGGAAAAUGAAACAAUAAAAAAAUCUAUAAAGGAGGAAAUAUUAAACAAUCCCAAAAAAACAAAUAGUGAUAAAGACAACCCUAGUUUAAAUCAUUAUAAAAAUAUUGGCGAUAUUAUUAAAGAAUAUGAUGGAACUAAUUUAGUAACUGAAUAUCAUAUAUAUAGGUUAAUGUUAGAUGUAGCUAAAGGAAAUUUGAAAAAUUUAAGUUUAUUAUUUUCUAUAGAAAUCAUAAAUUAUAUUGAUGAUCAUUGUGAAGAUGUAUAUAUGGAAGACGACGAGUUAAAUAAUUAUUCAUCGAAUGAUAAUGGAGGAAGCGAUAGUUCCAAAGAUAAAAACAAAGAAGAAGAAGCAGAAGAAGAAAAAAAAGAAAAAAAAAAAGAAGCAGAAAUAGAAAAGAAUAUGGAGCAUAUAUUGGAAAAUGAUAUAUCAUAUUAUAAUGAUAUAGAUUUUCAAUUUCAUCAUUUAAAAGAAAAAAAAGAUGAAUAUAAAGAUGUGUUGUAUGAUAAACCCAUAGAAUACGCUUCAAAUAGUUAUCUAAACAAUAGUGAGGAAUUAAAAAUGUUAUAUCAAUCUCUAUCGAAAACUGAAGAAAAUAAAACUGAUACUUUUAGUAAACAGAUUGAAACAGAUGGAAAUAGUAAUGGAAAUGUUAAUCGAAAUAUUAAUGAAAAUAGUAAUGGAAAUGUUAAUCGAAAUAUUAAUGAAAAUAGUAAUGGAAAUGUUAAUCGAAAUAUUAAUGGAAACAUUAAUGAAAAUAGUAAUGGAAAUGUUAAUCGAAAUAGUAAUGGAAAUAGUAAUGGAAAUUCUAAUCGAAAUAGUAAUGGAAAUGUUAAUCGAAAUAAUGGUGAAUAUAUUGAGCCUAUAGUAAUAAUAACCAAACGAACCCCCAAAGGUAAAUCCAAAUACAUAUCAAAUAAUCCCCAAAAUAUAAACGAUUACACUAAUUUAGAAGUAAAAAACACUACACAAAAAACAAAAGAACAAGCAUCUAGUGACUAUAAUGAUAAUUCAUCAUUUCCUUCUGAAUUAUCUUUCUUAAAUAAUGAGAGUGCCUAUAAACAUAUGGACUUGAAUCAAAAUGAAAUACCAAAUUACUUUUCAAAUAUAAUAAAAAGAAAUUAUGAAAAAUCUUGUUCAAUCAAUCAAUGUGGGCUUAAGGUUGAUGCACCAUCAGAUUAUUCCGAAAAUGUAAUUGACCAUUACACGUCUCCAACAGAAAUGAAUUUUAGUGAAAAAUCACAUAUAAAAAAAAUUCCAGAAACUGAAAAAAAAAACGAAAAAAAACAAAAUGUAGAUAAAAAUAAAGACCAAAAUAUGGAAACUGAACAAAGUAUGCAGUUUAAUGACUCCGAUAUAGUAGUAGAUACCGAUAGCGAUGUGGAAAAUAAAUUAAAAGGGCUAUAUGAAUUUCCGAUAAGCCCCUUUCAAAAUAUUAAGGGGAAUAAUAGCAAUAAUCCCAGUAUGGAUAGUAUAGACACAAAAAAUACCACCUUAAAUUCUAAUUCUACUACUAAUAGCACUAGUGAUGAUACAUAUUUUGAAAAAAAUGUGAGGGAAAUGUUAAACAGUGCAGUGUUUCUAAAAGAUAUAUGUAAAAAAAAGAAAAAAAUUUUAAACAUAGAAAAAUUAAGAAGUAUUGAAGAAUUAAAAUAUGAUUUAUUAAGAACAAAGUAUGGUAUAUUAUAUAAGAAUUUAUUAUUUUUAAACGAAAAGAAUUUAAAAAAAAUAUUUGAAUCUACCUUUUUUGAUUCAGAUCAAAUGAAAGAUUCUAUUAUUAGAAUUAUGUCUGCAUAUGAAAUAGGAAAUUUAAAAAAUAUUUUAAAAGUUAAUAUGAAUGAUUUAAAUGAAUAUUUUUAUCAAUCAAAAAAUAUAUUUAAAAAUAAAAAAAAGGUUUUAUCAUUUUUUAGUUUAAAUACUAAUCAAAAUGUUAUAAAUAAAAUAGAGACAAAAUUAUAUUCUGUAUUUACAAUAGUAUGGUUGCAUUAUACAAAUUAUUUAAGAAAAAUAUUAGAUAUAUUUUCACAAAAUGAAUUAAAUAUUCUAUCAAAUAUGUAUUAUACACUUAUGGUAACUAAUGAGGAUAAUCAUCAUCUAAGUCUUCUAAAUUAUUUCGGGUUUACAGAUGUUUUUAUUAUGUAUAUAUUAUUUGUAGGAUUAAAGAAAAAUAUCCAUUAUAUAAAUCAAAAUAAGUCUUAUACCAUUCAAAAUAAACAACUUAGAAAUAUAGACCCUAUACAAAUAUCACGUGGGUAUGAUGGAUAUUAUUAUAUAUUUAAAAAUAUGGUUGCUACAAAAAUUUUGGACUCAAGCCAAGGGAUUAAGUAUAAGAUCAAUGCUGGAUUCACUCUGAAUUUUUAUACUGUUAAGAAUAUAGAUAAAUACAAUUCUGAAAGUAUGAUAAAAAUCAAAUUUGAAUUAAGCAAUGAUAGAAAAAUAUCUGUAUCGAAAAAAAUUUUAUAUGCAAUACUAGACCCUAUAAAAUAUGAAGAAUUCACAUAUAACAAAAAAGACAGUAAUAUAAUUGAAAGAUAUCCAUCUCUUGUAAUAUAUAGAAAACAUAUUGGAGAUACUAUUAAUGAUAUAUCAUCUUUAAUUACUGUUAUCAUAUGUGGAAAAUUAUAUAAAUUGAAUGAGGUCAAAGCAUGUAUAGAAACAAAAAAUGUUUUUCCGCUCUUUACCAAAAAAAUAAAUUCGAUUAUUCAUAAUUUUUAUAACAAUAGCAUUAGUUUUAAAAGCACUGCUUUUAUUUUAAACAAAGACUCUUAUAAUAUUUUCAGCAAUUUUUAUCAUAAUCCAAAAAUACUUAUGGAUACCCUGAUUCAGCAUCUAAAAGGAAUGACACAAGAGAUAAAAAAACUGUCUAGCGAAAACCAAAUAAGAUAUAAUUUUUCCUUUGUUUACAAUUUGAUAAAGGUGUAUAUACUAAGUGGAACUACUCCUAACAAUGAAACAAAGGAUUAUUUAUUUUCGUUAGAGGAAAUUAUUUUUAAAUACAAAAUAUAUAGCCAAAAAAUAGCCACUUCCAUUGUUAAUUUAAGUAGAAAAUACCCAGGCAACCAAAAAUUUAUAAAGACCAUAAACACAAUUUCCCUAAUUUUGUAUAGAAUAAAGAUAGAGGAACUUUCAUCACAUGUUGGUAAUAAUGAAUAUCCUGCGUUUCAGAAUGAAAUAUUGAUCCUCGAUUUAAUGGAUAUAAUAAAUAUAGUUGUAUUUUUUAACAAGGUAUUAAAUAAAAUUAUAAAAACGGAUGAACUGGAAAGAUUAGUAGAUAAAGACAAUAUAAUAAAAAUUCAUAUAGAUGAAAUAAUAAUAAUAGUUGAGAAAAUAUUCAAUAAAUGUGAAAAUUACUUUUAUGAUAUAAUAGACAAUAAUAUAAGAAAUGCUAUAAUAAAUAUCUUAUUAAAAAAAAUGAAACUUACAUUUAUUUAUUAUAAAUAUUUUUUUGAUAAUAAUAUUGAAGAAUUAUCUUUAAAAUUUAUUAAUAAUUUAAAACAAAAAAAAUCAUUUAUUAUGUUUUACGAACCAAAUAAUUAUUAUUAUCCAAUUGAAAUUUCUUAUGGUAAAAUAAAAGAUUUUGAACAAAUAUUUUUUUUAGAUUUAAUUGAAUAUAAUUAUUCUAAUAAUAAGACUUUUCACAAUAAAUAUUCAAUAGAAAACAAAAAAAAAGAACCUAAACAAAUUUUGUUAAAAUUAAUUAAAACUACUAAAAGUAUAUCUUUAUUAUAUCAUGUAUUUAACAUUCCUAAAGAAUAUAAUGAUAAUCUAUUUGAUAUAAUCUUUGAUAUUGUCAAACAAUCUUCUGUCUAUAACACAUUUGUUCAGAAAAGUAGACUAUGGGGUCACAAUGUCCCUAUAGAAACGCAUUUUAAACUUUAUUUUGCAAAUUUCCGAAAAUUAAUUAGGUACUAUAUAGAAAGUAACAAAAUAGACAAAUUAAUAAAUUCCAUGCUAAACUAUAACGAAUCUGAUGUAAAUAUAGAGCGUUCUAGAGAAGAGGAUGAAAAAAUAAAGAAAGACAAAAAAAAUGAUCUAUAUAGUUGCAUAAAGGAACAAUGGUUAUAUAAAUACAAUUUAAAAAAUAUGAAAAUAUAUCUGCCAAAUAUUAAAUUAAGAAUUAAUUUGGAUCCACAAGAUAUAAAAAAGUGUGUUAAUAAAAAUUCUAGUUAUUCUCAUUUAGGAAAGCUAACUGAUAUUAUGUUAAAUAUAUUAGUUUAUGAAUUACAUAAUAUUUUUAAUGCGCAAAAAAAAAUGAAUUUGGUAUUUUCGACUAUGGAUAUAGAAAUGCAGGAUAUUAGCAGUAAAUUGUUAUUUAAAAUAAAUAAUAUAUUAAAUAUUAAACAAAAAAUAUCCCUUUUUUAUUAUUCAAAAAAUGCUCUAAUGCAUUUUACUGAAAUAUUAAGUUAUCAUUAUAAAGAAAACAUAACAUUAUACUCAGAAAAUUCACAAAAUGGGUAUGAUAUGCAUUCUUUUAAAUCUCAAAAAAGAAGAGAAAAUAGGCAUAAACAAAUUGUAAUACUUAAGAAGGGGAAUACAUUCAGAGUAUACGAACAAAAUCCUAUUUUCCAAAAUGGUGUAUAUAGUUUGCAGAACGAGGCUUACUUUCUGAUGCACCACGAAAAGGUAAUGAAUAUAAAGGAUUAUCUUGAGUCUUUAGAAAAAACAUACUCAGAAACACAAAUGUCAGCUAUCGAAGAUAUACAUUUAGUUAUAGUAAAUAACAUAAACGAUCAAACAGAUAUUAAUAGUAUUCAUAAAAUGAUUGAAGAUUUAAUAAAACAUAAAGAUGUUGGAUCUCUAAAAACUAAUAUAUUAGAAAAUUUGAUUGAUUUAAAUAUAUUAAAUAAUAGAAAUAAUAGGAUUCGAAAUAAUUAUUUGAAUAUAUUACAUUUAGAAAUAUUUUCUUUAUUUUCUUUUGGCCCAUAUCAUAAUAUAUAUAAUUUAUUAGACGACUUAUUUUUAUAUGAUAAUAAAUUAUUAAACUGGUUCAAAGGAUGGAUAAUAUUAAAUAAUAAUAUAAAUUAUAAUGAUCAUAAUAAUUUUAAUCAAUUAUUAUUUAUAUCUUCUCUAAGAUAUAUGAUAAAAACAUUGAAUAUGAAAAUUAGUAAAAAAACAUUAACAAAAAAAUACUUCAAAUAUAUACCUAAAUUAUACGACAAAAAAAGGGCCAGAAAUAUAAACUUAAACUUUGAAGAAAUUAAACCAAAUUCAAUUUUAAAAAAUGAAAAUGAUUACAAAAAAGAAAAUUAUAAUAGUGGUACGGAUAAAAUUUUUUUAAAUCGUGUCAAAGAAUAUAGAAUUAAUUCUAAACUUCGAGAUAAAAUUUUAGAAGAAAUAGACAAAUACAAAUUUUCGAUAUCAUUAGACCAUUAUAAACAAGAUUAUUAUUUUUUAUCUUUAGUAGGUUUAGGUUAUUCAUAUAUUAACAAAUUUAGUGAAUUAAAAUUAGGUCUAUAUAAACCUGUUAAUAUUAUAUUAAACAAAUUGUAUAAUAUAUUUUAUGUUACUGAAUUAAUAGAAACUGUAAAUGUAUUUGUAAAUGUGAUUGUAAAUAUUUAUAAAAUCAUAUUUUAUAAUAAUAGUAAAUAUAUAAUUGAAAAUGGAAAAAUAAAAUUAAGUAAAGAAAAAAAAGAAGAAUUAGCUAAAUUUAUCUUAUUAGAAGAAAAUAUAAACAUUGAGUGUCUACAUAAUCACAUUCACAAAGGUCAUAAUUUUUUUACUCAUGAUAAUUCUGAUGAUACAAAUUAUUCAUUAUCUAAUAAUGAACAUUAUUUAAAUUAUGUAAUAAAAAAUGUAUGUGAUUUUUUCUAUUCUGUUUUUAAUUGUUUUCAUGAUAAUGCUUGUUUUUCAAAAAAUGAAAAAUAUGCUAAAAAUAUUAUAAAUAUAUACCUCAAAAAAACUGGAUUCCAAAAAAAUAUGAUAUGGUUGAUGCCAUUUUUAUCAAAUCAUUUUAAAAGUUCAUUAGUUAUAUUAUAUAUAGAACCAAAUGAUACAAUUACUUUAUAUAAAUAUCAAGAUAAUACUCCUACAGAAUUUAGCAUACAAAUACUAGUACACAAUGGCAAAAUGUCUUUAAUACUUCCUACCUAUUUUAUAUACACAAAUAUAAUAUAUAUGACUACUACAAUAUUUGUAGAAAAUGAAAGACAUAUUAGAAGUGUUUCAAAUAUUAAUACUAAUAAUAAUGACUCCACUGAUAUAAUUAAUAGUAAUAUGGAACCGUUGUACAGAACAAUACAAGAGUGCAAAUUAAUAAGUGAUGAAUCUAUAAUAAACACACAAAAGGCAAAUCAUUACUACAAUACUUACUUUGAUAUUAUCGAAUAUAAAUUAAAUGCACUAGUUUCUAAUAAAAUUGGGCUAUAUAACUUCCUAAUAUCUAUAAGAGAAGAUAUAUUAAAUUUUAAAUAUUUUAUGUUUUAUAAAAAUUUAAUACGAUUUUUAAGAUUGAUGGAUAUACUUCUAGAAGUUCUAAGUUCAAAUAUGCAAAUAUAUUCUGACUUUAUAUAUUUUCAAGAUAUAUUAAACACACCCAGUAGUUUAAUAGAAAGUUCUAUUAAUAAUAUAAUAACAUUUUUAGAAAAAGAAAAGUUUGACAUUUUCACCAAAAGUCAAAAACAAAAAUAUUAUGAUAUAUUAUUAGAAUAUUAUAAUAAUUAUUAUUAUAAAACCGGAGUAUAUUUAAAAUUACUUGAUUUUAUUUUGAAUAAUAUUAAAACGGAUUUAAAAAUGAAUCCAGAUUUUGUUAUUAUUGAUCCGAAUAAUAAGCAUGAACAAAAUACUAAACAAAGAAAAAUUUAUAUGCUCAAAAAUUUUGAAGAUUUAAUUAUUUGUGAACAUAUAAAAAUUGUAUAUAAUAUUAUGAAAUAUGUAGAAAUCUACAUAGACAAUAUAAUUAAUAAUGUUAUACAUAAGACAGAAAAAGAAAAUAAUGAAAAACCCUCAUUAAAUAAAAAAAAAAUAUUACGAGAAUGUUGCUUAAAAUAUGAUUACAAUGAAUUAGGAGCAACAGAAUUAACAAAAAAGUAUUUUUCUGAAUUGGAAAGAAAAUUCAUAAAAAUUUUGAAUUAUUCCGAAAGUUUACAAAAAUUAUCGAAUGAAGAAUUGGAUUACGAAGAAUGGUAUUCUAUUGCAUCUAAGUUACAAUUAGAACAAUUUAAAAAUAAUGAGCUAAUAUAUUUUAAAAUUUUGAAUCAAAAUAUUUUUUGGAAAGAUGGAGCUAAAAAAUGCACCUCAGAAUAUCUAAAAAGGUUGAAAGCGAAGGGAUUAUACAUAGAUCCAAAAACUGUGAAACUGAUGAAAAACCCUAAAUUAGUCUUUUCUGAAUAUAAAGAUACUAUUUACAAGUCGAAAAUUAUCAGAAAGGGAACAAAUUAUGAUUCAAUGAGCAAUACAAUCGAUGGAAACAUCAAUUCUUUUAGUUUAAAAGUGAUAAACAAUAAACAUUAUGCCAUUUCCUAUUUAUGGGAAUUUAUAAAUAUUGAGAUUUGUAUUAAUGGAAGUAAUAGCAAUUUUGAAGAUAUAAAAUAUAAAUUAAAAAAUAAUAAUAAUUUGUUAAAAUAUAUGAAAAUAUUAACCGAAGAAGAUAUAUAUAAUUUAUUCAUUGCAAUAAUAACAUUUCAUAGACUUAUUGAAUCAAUAGAUGAAAAAACUUUUAAUAAAUAUAAAAGUUACAGAAUUAGUAAUAUGAUAUUUAAUGAAUUAAUAGAUAGAGGUAUAUAUAUAGCUGGUGAUUCGUUAAUAUCAAGAGAAUAUGUAGAAUCCAUAUUUGUUUAUAAUUUAUGGAAACAAAAUAUAAAAUAUGUUAAGGUUAGUAAUGUAUUAAUUAAACCACCAAUUCCUGUGAAAUAUGCAAAUUAUUAUUCCUCGUCUAUAAUAUUUAAAACACUCCGUUUUGUUUAUUCAAAGCCUAAAUUUAAAAUAAAAUUAAUAAAUAUGAUAUCUUAUAUUAUAUAUAAUAUUUUCGAAUUAGACACUGUUAAAAAAUAUAUAAUUAAUACAAUUUCUUCUGAAGGAAUAUUAAGAGGUGGAUUUGAUAUUAUAAGACAGAUUCUAUUCAAAUUAAAUAUAGGUAUUGAUGGAAUUAUUACUAUGUAUACUGCAAUUUUUAUAAAUAUGUAUUAUAUUGUUGAAAAUUGUUAUAUACAAGAUAUAAUUGAGAAUAUAGAUUAUAGACGCAUGUUUUCAAAUUUAUUUUUUUUAUUACAUAAUUCAAUAGAAGAAUGCUAUAUUAAAAUAUUAUUAAACUUAAUCUUCGAUAAUUCAAAUCUUUUAAAAUUUAUAAAUAAACAUGAUAUAAAAGUAAAAGACAUUAUUUUAAAGUUUAAAAGAAUUUUUUUACUUAACUUUGGAAUUUAUAUAAAUUUUUUUCAACACCUAUAUGAUAAUAUUGAGGCGAAAUUCAUAACAUAUAUAAAAUAUUAUGUUACCAAAAUUCUAAAUGAUUUAUUGCCAAUUAACAUUAAUACUAUUGAAAAAAAUUUUCAUACUGAAAAAGAAAAUGUCAAUUUACUUGAAUUUGUUCCAUUUCAUGAUGAAGAAAAUCUUCUACUUAUUUAUACAAACAUUAUUACUCUUGUAAAAUAUGAGCCUUUUAUUCAAAAAUUCAAAACAAAGGCAAUUAAUAAGCAUAAAGAGCUUUUUUCGAAAUUUAAACAAAUAGAAGUAUCGAAAACUGCUCUUAUUGAUAUUAUGUAUAAAAAAGCAAAUGAAAUUGCUAAUUCUAAAAAAAAUAAUUUUUUUAAAAGACAUAUUAAGGAUAUUCCCAAUCAAAAUAAAGAUAUAAAAUCGACUGAUUCCCAAAGUGGUUUACUUUCUACUAUAACGACUUCUAGAAAGGAUAAACAAGAUAAAUCUGUCAAACUACCAAAAUUGGAAUCUUCACUGUCUUCCGAUAGAAAUCAAAAUGCAAAAGAAAUAGAAAUAUAUAACAUUAUCCAAACAGAUACAUAUAGAACAUUGAGCUGCUUAGAAAAAAUGUUUAUAUAUGCCUUUGAUAUUUAUAAUAAUUAUGAUUUAUCAAAACAUAAGACAAAAAUGUGUAGUUCUUUGCAUACCUAUGAUUGGGUAAAAGGAAUACAUAGAGUUAUAAUAAAAAAAUUAAAUAACAUUGCACAUAGUGUAUAUGGAUAUACUCAUUAUCUCCAAUUGUUUAUAAAACUUAAUGAAGUCAUAUGUAAAGUAAAUUUUAAAAUUAAUAUGCAUGGAAAUGUAAAAAAAAAUAAAUAUAUAUAUUUUUUAACUAAAAGAAAAUAUAAAAAUUCAAUAGUAAGUUAUAAUAUAUUUAGAAGACAUAAUCAAUUAUGUUUUUUACUUAUUAAACAUAGAACCGAAAAUGAUAAAAAUAUCCAUAUAUGUUAUGAUGCAGAAAUUAUACCAUUUUACAAAAAUAAUAAUAUAUCCAAAUAUUUUAAUGAUUCUUUUACAAAUAUAAAUAAACUAAAAAACAAAAGUAAAAUACAUGAACAUGCAGAAACUAAUGAAAAUGAUAAUAUAAAUAGAAAUGAAAAUUAUAAAUAUCCAUUUAACUUGAUUGAUAAAAACAACACUCCCCCAAAACAUAAAAUCGGUGCCCUUGUACAAGAAAAUAUGCAUUCAAAAAUGGAUAAACAAAAAAGAGGUAAAAAAAAGAAAGGCUAUAUUUCAAAAAUAAAUAAUCAGGAAUAUAAUUAUCCUAAAAGAGAAAGUGAUUAUGAAGAGGAUAAAAAUAUAUCACGAAGAAGUUUGCAUCCUCGUGGAACUAAACCUAAGAGAAUAAUUGUUAAUAAAAUUAAAAGAUGGAGAGAAAAUGUUAACAAUAAAAGUGAAAAAAAAAUACUAAGUAAUACUUUUAAAAUUGUCAAAAAACCUUUAAAAUAUAUGGGUAGAAAACCAGAGAAAAAAAAAUUAAAAAAAAAUGAAAAAGACAUAGGUUUAAACAACGAAUAUGAUAAUAUAGAAAAAAUUAACAAUGCCUUAAAACAUUUCAAUGAUAAAAAAAUUAUUAACCAAUUGUUAGAAUUUGAAUAUUUUCAUUCUAAUAAAUGGUCAUCAAACAUAUUUAAUUUAACUAUUGAUACAAUGGAUGGGGAUAAUGAAAAUAUUAAACUUAUUUUAGAGGUUGGAAAUUAUAAUAUUAAAAUUUCAUAUCAAGUAUAUAUUAAUAGUUAUAAUAAUAAAGAGUCUUUUCAUGAAUUAAAUAGUUUUAUUAAUAAAAAUAACAUAAGAAGUGCCAUAACAAAAAAAUUAAAGAAAUACUCAAAAUUAAAUUAUAUUAUUAAAAAUAUAUUUAUUCUUAAUAAAAAUAUUAAAAAUGUGUCUUAUGAAAAAAUAAAUACAGAUUUUAAAUCGGAUAUUAACAAUUUUGAUGGAAAAAAUAUAAUUAAAAAAUUAUAUUCAAAAGAUAAUCAAAUAUAUCAAGGAAAUAUAAAAGAACAACCAAACAAGCAUAACACGGGAAAAGACAAAAUUGAAACGAACCCUCAAGUUUUAGAGAUACUAAAAUUUUCAUGGUAUAAAAACAAAUACGAAAGAAGCACAUGCACGCUAUUAGUAGUCAAUGCAAUUAACCCCCUCAUAUUAAAAGGGGAUUAUAGUCAUGACACUUGUAAUACAAAUGAAAAUAUUGAAAACGUGAUGAAAUUCAUUGAAAAUACAGAAGUUAAAGCCGAAAGUAAUUAUGGUCAGAAAUUUCACAAUCUCAACGACCCAGGGGGAAUAAAUGAAGAUGAUGAUAAUGAAAGCAUUCAAAGUAAAGAUGAUAGCGAAGAAAGUGAAAACGAGAGCGAUAGUAACAGCGAAGAAAGUGAAAACGAGAGCGAUAGUAACAGCGAAGAAAGUGAAAACGAGAGUGAUAGUGACAGCGAAAAAAGUGAAAACAAAAGUGACAGUGGCAACGAAGAAAGUGAAAACAAAAGUGAUAGUGGCAACGAAGAAAGUGAAAACAAAAGUGAUAGUGGCAACGAAGAAAGUGGAAAUGAUAGUGGCAAUGAAAGUGAUAUCGACAGCGAAACCGAGAAUUCUGGUGUACACAAAAUGAAGUCGGGAAUGUACGUAAAAUAUAAACGACAUAAAAAACCCAAAGUACAAAAAACUAAAAGAAAUCCUCGGGAAGAAAACUAUUUUUCAAACUAUGAAAAAUAUUUUAAUAAAAUAUACACAUUAAGUGAAGAAGAAGUUUUUUUUAUAAAAAGAAGAAUGGACAAACAGACAGCAAUGGUAAAAUAUAGGCUUAUAUUAUUAUCUAUAAUAAUAAUUAAAAGCAAUAAUUUAAAUACAUUUAAAAAAAUGAAUAAUAUUAGUAAUGAAUAUUUAAGGGAUAAAUAUAAAACAUAUAAAAACAUUGAAUAUAACCAAAAUUAUUUAUUCAAUAAAAAAUAUGUCUAUAUUGAAAAUAAACAUUAUAUAAUAAAAAAAAAGUUGGAAUGUUUAAUGGAGUUAGAAUUUUAUAAAAUUUUAAAAACAUCCUUAGAAAAAAAUAAUAUUUUACAACAAUUUCUAAAUGAUUUAACUGUUGAAGUUUCAGAUAUAAACAAAUAUUUUUAUAAACAUAAUUAUACAAGUAAUUCGAAUAUCCAUUCUUCUAGCUUUUACUUAGAUCAAUUAGAAAAUAUAAAAUUUUUAUGUCCUAUUUUAUAUGAGUUAAAAAACAAAGAAAUAAUUGAUUUGAAAAAUACUUCUAAAAUUGAUAGUUCAAUAAAAUUAACUGAGAACGAAAAAAAAAAUCAAUUAAUUGAAUGUGAAAAAAAUGUUGGUUUUUUUGGAAGUAAUAUUUCUUUUUUCGGUAAGCCCUUAGAUGACUUUAUAGGAAAACGUCCUAUUCAAAACAUUGCAAUGUUUUCUUAUGAAUGUGAAAAAUCUGUUUUUAAUGGAAAAAAUUUAAGCGAAUUAGAUAAUUAUCAUAAAAAUUUUUGUAUAAAUACUAUUCAAAAUGAACUAAAAAACGAUGAUAAACAAUUUGGUAAUAUUAACACUGAUUGGGGAGAUAUGUUAUUUAAUGCAUUUUCUUCAAAAAAAAAUAAUAAUAAUGCAGGUUAUAAUUAUAAUGAAAUAAAAUGCUUUGGAUUUGCAGACAAAGACGAGCUAAAAAAAUAUGAGAAAAAAAAAGAAGCAAAAUGCCAAAUCGAUAUUUUAAAUAAAACAGUUAAUGUUUUACAAAAUCUUAUUGAUAAAUAUUAUAUAAUAAAAAAAGACGGUAUACAUAAUGGAAAUGCAUAUAAUGUAUAUGUAUUAUAUAAAAAUAUAUAUACUGUUAUGUUAUACAAAUUAAUGUAUGAAGCACGAUCAUUUAAUCCAUUACGUAUACAACAGAGAUUAAAUCCAGUAGGAAAUAACUAUACUAAAUUAUUAUAUAAAAAAAAUAAAUCUUCUAAUUUUGCAAAGCGAAUUUUUGAAAAAACGAGUACCUUAUAUUUAGAAAUUGAAUUAAUAUAUAAUGAGCAUGAUUUUUUAAGAAAUGUCCAUUUUCCUAGUGAAUCAGUGGAUAUACUUAUGCACAACCAUAAGCCAUUUACCGAAGAUGCAUAUGGAUAUGGACUAUCAGAAAACCCUAAUAAAAUACUUAAUGAAGGUGAAGAAAAUACAAAAUUAUAUUUUUUUUUUGUUCUUUCUUUAUUAGGACAUUAUCCAGAAGUGCAAAAAUAUAUUUUGCAAGCUUCUGAAAAUGUGGAUAUGAUUUACAACUUGUUAGAUAUAAAUCUUGAUGACAUACAAAAAAAUAAAAAUAUAGGAAAUCAAAAAAAAAUUCCUAAAUACGAUCAUUUAAGAAAUGCACAAUCAGAGCAAAAUAUUGAUUUCCGUGAUCAAAGUGAAUCAAAAGAAAAAAUACAGAAACAAACUAGUAGAGGAAAAAGUUUUUUUUCGAGUCCAUAUACAGCUGCGUAUAAUUAUUUAUUCCCCGAAGGAAGUGAUCAAGGGAAAGAGGAUGAUAAAAAAGAUGGGGAUAAAAAAAAACGAGAAAAACCUAAAAUAGAGGAUUUUGUUUGGAUGGGGAAAGAUCAAAUAGACGACAUUAAAAAAUUAAUAGUAGAACAUAAAUUAGUGGAUAUAUUUAUAAAAGGAAAAAAUUUAAUAAAUUUUAAAAGUUUUUUACAAAAUGAUAAUUAUUUGGAAACAUUUAAAAAUUCUUUAGAAAAUGAAUUAAAAAAAAAAGAUUUUUGUCACCAUUUUAUUAAAACAACUCCACCAUUUAGUUUCAAUAAUUAUAAUGUUCAUCAUUUAUUAUUGUUUGCAUUUUAUUAUGGAUUUUCUGAUAUUAUAAGAAUAAGGAGACCAUAUAUAAAUUUAGAAUAUAGUAUAAACAGAACAAUUGAUAAAAAUGAAUAUAUAUAUUCAUAUAGAACUCAAAAUUACAUUCAUUUUAAUUUAGAACCAGAAAAAAGAGUUUUACUAAAUAAAAUAUAUGAACAAAUUGCAAAGUUUACUUAUAAAUCGGCUUUACAACAUAUAUAUAAUAAUAAAAAUAGACAGAUUUUAUUUGAAUUUAAUAAAGCCCAAAAUGAACAAUUAAUAGAUAUUAUAAAUACUAGUAUCAGCAAAAAAGACAAUAUAAAUAUAUACACUAAAAAUAACAUAAAAGAAAUUACAAAUGUUAUUAAAAUAUUUGUUGAAAAUUAUAUUUUAAUUUUAAAUAAUUAUCCAUCUAAUUUUGGUCUUAGUAAGCAUUCUUCUUUAUAUGAUAAUUUUGUUAAAAAUAUUAAAAAGUUAUUUUUUUCAUUUAACCAGCAAAAUAAUAUAAUAUAUAUUAUUACUCAAAGAGAUAUUUAUUAUAAUAAACAAGUAAUUAAAAAUAAAAAAUAUAAAGAAAAUAUUAUUAAUAUUAUUAAACGACUUUUAGAUUUUGUAUUAUUAGCAUCUGCAAGACCAUAUGAUACCAAUUCUAAUAUUAAGAAUGAUACAUGUUUAAAUGAAAAAUUGUAUAUAGGGAAAAAAAAUGCUAUUAAUAUUUCUAAUGUUAUUUCAGAUAUUACUUCUGAUAUUAGUCCUAAUUUACCCAACCCUUCCACUAUUAACCCAUCUUCAAACAUAGACACUGCAACUACUAGCAGUGUAAAUUUUAGGUAUAUAAAAAAUCCGAACGAACAGCAAUACAGCUUUUCUGAAGAUCCAAGAAAAAAAAAAAAAAAAAUCGUAAGCAAAGCAAGCCUAAAUAGUAGUGUAAAAGAAAGUAAUACCAAUAGUAGAGGUAAAAGUCUCAAAUGUUUCGUAUUGGUAAAUUAUUUAUAUCGAAAAGUUCAUAAUAUAUACUCAGGUUUAGUGGAUAAAGCUAUUUCUUAUACAUUUACUUACGGAUUUGAUUUGUUCGUAAAAAAUAGUAUAUAUCUUUAUGACCAAAAAAAAAGUCUGGUAUAUAAAUAUAUAAUUUAUUAUGUUAAAAUGUAUGUUAUUCAAACUUUAGAUAUGAUAUUUUUAGUUGUACGUGAUUCAGAACUUAAUGUUUCCUUAACAAAUAUAGACUCAAUUAAACAUAGUAUAUUCGAUAUGUGCUUAUUUAAUAUUCAGAAUUUAUCGGUUCUAUCAAAAAAUAUAUUAAAUAUUAUAAGUGAAGAGAAAAUAGAACAUAUUCUAUCAGAUUUAAUUACAAUUAUACAUAUAAAUUAUACAGGAAAUUCAAGAUUUAUUGAAAAUUUAAUUAAAAAUAUUAAUCUAGCUUUAUCAAAAAACAUAGCAUUAAAAAAAAUGUUUGGAGAUUUUAUUUCAUAUCUUUCUAUUUCGUCUAUACAAACAUUUGAAUUGUUUUUUCAUUCGAAAUAUAAACAAAAAUUAAUUAAUAUUAUUAUUACAUUUCUUAAUAAAAUAUCAAAAACAAUAUCAAAUAUAUUAGAAGAAUCUUUUUUCCAGUCUUAUAUUUGCACAAAUAUAAUUAGAUUAGGGGAAUCAUUUAUAAGUGAAUUUAAUGAAGAAAAUACUGUCUAUCGAUUUUUAAUGGAUAUUGGAGACAUUAAUUAUAUGGAUAUUAUUAUUUCUUAUGCAUAUAAAUAUUUUCCAAAAAUAGUAAAUGACUUUAUGCAAGAUUAA